AUGUCCGCCCUAGCUAAUGAUACCGAGACACAGCCUCUGCUGGCCAAGGACCCUCAGCGCCGCGCGACACCGCUGCCCAAAUUUCAACUGGCGCUGAUAUGUUUCCUCCGGAUCACCGAGCCGAUCGCGUUUCUCGUCUGCUUUCCGUUCCUCAACCAGAUGCUGCUGGAUGUGGGGGCUGUAGACGACCCAAAAGAUGUCGGAUGGCCAGCAGGAAUCAUCGAAUCGAUAUUCUCCAUCACCCAGCUGACGACCGUCUUCUACUGGGGAUCAUUGUCGGAUCGAUGGGGGCGGAAGCCCAUCCUCAUUAUCGGAUCGAUCGGAUCUGCGAUAUCGGCUAUCAUGUUUGGCUUUAGCAAGUCUCUCACCAUGAUGAUUGUCACUCGCUCGUUCAACGGCUUGAUGAACGGGAAUGUCGCGGUCCUAAAGUGUAUAAUGGCUGAGAUCUGUGACGAGACCAACGAGUCGAGAGCCUUCUCCCUCUUCCCCGUCAUGCUCAACCUCGGUACCCUCAUCGCGUCGUACGUCGGCGGCGAGUACGCCAAUGUCGGCCGGCACUACCCCAACUUUGCCAAUACUUUCCCCAUCUUCAAGACGUACCCCUACCUCCUCCCCUGCCUCAUCGCCGGCCUCUUCCCUCUCCUCUCCUCCCUCGCCGCCUUCAUCUGGCUCGAAGAGACCCUCCCUCCACCCUCCAUCAGCAGCGACCCCGACGCGGUACCGGACGAGCCCGAGCCGCUCAAAGACAUCUUCACCACCAAGAUCAACCUCAUCAUGGUCAGCUUUGGCGUCCUCUCGCUCAUGGGCUCGGCCAUCAUGGGAAUCCAUCCCCUGUUCUGCUUUACGCCCGCAAUCGACGGCGGUCUAGGCUUCAGCGAGAAGAACAUCGGGAAUGCCAUGUCGGUCCGAGCCGUCCUCAUCCUCGUCGUCCAGCUCGUCGCCUUCCCCUGGCUCCAGCGCAAGAUCGGUACUUGGCGACUGUACAAGAUCCUCAUGUUCUUCUGGAUCCCCACCUUCCUCGGUCUCCCCUUUGUCAACCUCAUCGCGCGCGGAGGCAAUAUGGCGAUGGUAUGGGUCAGCUUGACCUUGACGCUGGUAUGCGCGGCGAUUGGGAAUAUGGCGUUUGUCUGCAAUCUCUUGAUGGUCAACCAGGCGGCUCCAUCUAGGCGUUCACUGGGAGCUAUCAAUGGCUACUCGCAAGUCGUAUCAUCGUUUGUGCGGACGCUCGGCCCCGGAGGCGCGUCAAUACUCUUCGCUGUAUCUAUCGACAAGCAGAUUUGGGGAGGCAACCUCAUCUGGGUGGUCUGUACGGCCACAGCGGUGAUAGGAGUGUGGUCGGGGCUGGUCCUCAGGAAGUAG